CUUGCGGUGUGCGGCGUGUGACAUUCGUCUUGCAAGCAUACGCUGUUGGAAGUUGGAGACUGAGCUAUAUUAGUAGAAACGUUUUAGUGCACGUUACACUAUUUUUGUACCGUACUAUUAAAUAACUAACUACAAUAUUACCUCGCAGGCUGGACAUUGGAAUGGCACAGAGUAAUAUAGCAAGAAGCGGUUCUUUGGUUAAUUUGAGGCCACCUGUAAAUACAGUCUCCCUAAGAAGGCAUUUAGUAGUUAUACCAUCGGUGCUGACGUUCGCCGUGAUUGUAGCGUCUGGUGGUCUCUUCUUGAUGAUUGAAAAGGGGAUGCUCAACCACAUGGAGACCCCGCCACCCCGGGGUAUUGGGGUAAAAUCUGACUUCAUAAGGAACGCAAGUGGUCAAGAUCCAAUCGUGGAUACAGAAUACCAGAUUGUUCAAGAAAUACGCAAUCGUACUAUCCGCACCAUGUGCGGUCAGAAGAACAUGCCCCACAGCAUUUGGUCACUUCCUCCAAUACAAAGGAGGACUGUUCUUCAGCAUAUUUUAGUCAGCGACAAGCACAAGUUCCUGUACUGUUAUGUGCCCAAAGUUGCCUGCUCCAACUGGAAACGAGUUAUGAAAGUCCUUAAUGGGGCUUUGGAGAAUGUGGGUGUAAACAUAAAGAUGGAUCACAAGAAUGACUUGGUCUUUCUUGCAGACUUGAAACCAGAGGAAAUCAAGUACAGGUUAAAAACAUACUUUAAAUUUAUGUUCGUGAGAGACCCCAUGGAACGCCUUUUGUCAGCCUACAGGAACAAGUUUGGAGAGAUUGAAGCUUACCAGAAGAGGUAUGGUGUAGAGAUAGUCAAAAGGUACAGAAAGAAUCCUGGGAAAACUAAUGGAGAUGAUGUUACAUUUGCUGAAUUUCUACACUACUUGCUCGAUGAGGAUGUGGAGAAAAUGAAUGAGCACUGGAUGCCCAUUUACAAUUUAUGCCAGCCAUGUGCUGUAACAUAUGAUUUUAUCGGAUCUUAUGAAAGACUUCACCAGGAUGCCCAGCAUGUUCUUCAGCAAAUUGGGGCACCUGCCCACAUUCAGUUUCCAGAAAGACAAACAUGGUAUAAACCAAUCACCAAACAAACUCUGCAUUACUACCUGUGUAACACACCACAGAAGCUUUUAGGAGACCUGUUGCCAAAAUAUAUUUUAGACUUUUCAUUAUAUACUUAUACUCUUCCCAAUAUAACAAGUGAAUUUUGCAGACAUUAACGUAGAUGGGAGCAUAUAUUGUAGGGCUGUAAGGGUUUAAACAUUUAAACCGUAAACGUGGAUUAAAAAUAUUUUUGUUUAAAAUUUGUAUUAUACAUUUAAACGCAACUUAACAGUAAAAUAUAUUAUCAAAUUAUUUUUGCAUAUUUUCCGCAAAGAUAUGUUUCCCUUUCUAUGGUUUUCCCCUUUAAGUAAACCUGACUUGUUCUUCUACGUGAUCACUCUAAAUACGUCUUGCAUAAAUUAACGACAGACCAACUUCCUGCAUUGUUGUGUAUCUCUUUUCAGGUCUUAUAAAAUAUUAACGUGGAAUUAAGUGCUGUACGAAAAAAAUGCAUUUGGCAGUAGAGCAUUAAGCUUGAGAUUUACAUAUUUGAAGGGAAAAUGUGAAACUAAUUGUCAGUACAGGCAGUGGCGUAGCUUUGGUUUCAAAAGUGGGGGAAUGGGUGGCGGGGGGACGGUUUCUGUAGCUGGGUUAUAAAUGAGGCGGGGUAUUCUGUAAGGGAUAAACAAUGAGAAGGGCUGAAUCAGUGAAAAUAAUUCACUGUUCGAGUUUGUUAAAUAAAUGCAAUCAUGGAAAAUAAAUAGAAAUCUUUUUAAGGACUAUUUUUAACGUCUGUAUUAGAACACAAAAAGUACUCCUCACACAGACUGCUAUUAGUAUUACAGCAGUCACGUUGAACAAUACGAUCCUAAUCACACAGAGAUUUAUGGUAGUGAAACCAUGGGCGUAGCAGUAGUACUGAAUUGAUCAAGUUCAAAACUAAAAGUUAUGACACAUUCCUAUCUGUUUGUUUCACGGCUCAAUUCACACCACAGUAAAUCACUGUAACGCAUUGGAAAAGAAAAACAUGUAGCUAUGUGGCAAUGUGCCCCGCCCCUGUGUGCAUAUUAUGUGUUGUAUGUUGCGUGUGUUAAUGUUGGUGUAUAGUCAUUGGUACACGGGAUAUAAACGGGUCUGUGUUUCACGUGUGAGUUAAAAGUGUAGAUUUAUAUUUAGGCACGAGGAGGGCACAAAUCACUUCACGUGCUGGUUAAAUGUAAUAUAUGAGCACGGGGUUGCACGUAAUGAAUUCACGUGCUGGGAUUCAAGUGAAUAAUUAAUUAGUAAUUGAAUCCCAGCACAACAGUAUAUAUAGAGACACAUAGCUUUCACUGGGAAAUUAAGUCUUUAUUUUUUCACGUGAAUGCACAAGCGCCGUUGUGAAGGGGAGCGACGCUGGGAACUAGUAUUGUAUCAGACAACGGCUUUGAUUUUUAAUAAAAAAAAUAAAGGUUUUUGGUUCUGGACAUGUUUUGUUUCCUGCCAACAAUAUACAAGUGAAUGAAAGUAAAAAUGUAAUCUUGUCACUGUGUUUUAAGGUUAAUUUAAAUAGAAUUGUUUUUUAGAUGUUGUAUACACACACUUUUCAUGGAGCUUCUGGAGAAAUGGUAAUCGAUUAUGAUUGUUUUUUUAUACUAUUAAAAUAGAUUAUAUUUUUGUGCUAAUUUACACGUUAUGCUUUUAUGUUUACCAUUGUUUGUGUUUAAGUGGAUCUAUAUGGUACGCGCUUUGAAUAACACACCGAGGUUAAAAUAUGACUUAAAAUAUUGGAAGUAAAAUAUAAAAAUAUUAAAUGAGUGAAACAUUAAAUUUAUAAAUUGAAUGUGUGAUUUAUAAAUCACACAUUAAAUGCCGCUCACGUGCAAAAUUCGAUCUUUUGAAUUGUAUAAUUCUUCAACAAAAGUGCCAAAUCGUUAUACAUAUAUGGCACAGCUGCCUUGUGUGGAUCAGGGUAUAUGUCAAAGUACUGUGUGUGUGUAUUGCUUCAGUAAAAUAUACACUGAAUACCUAGAGUACAGUGUAAGAGAAGUGCUAUGGUAGAAUAUGUUUGAAACAUACAAAAUAUACGCUAACACUAAUAAUUUUAAUUUAAAAAAAUGAGCACUGUCCGCCCCUCCCCCUUCCUGCUCGUGUUAUCCAGAGGAAGAUCUUUAAUUUCUUCAUCCGCCAUCCCGACAGCAAAGCAUUGUACAGCGUAAGCUGUAUUGAAAGAAACCCCUCUGCUGUUUGGGAUUUUUUGUUAAAUGCCCAGAUGACCAAAAAAAAAGUUGAAUGCAAACUGUGCAAGCAACUGCUGGUGUAUCAUCGAGGCACAACCAAUCUCCGGGGUCACUUGACAAGCGUAGGUUCAUAUUAUUAUUAUUAUUCUUUUUAAUAGUAGUAAAAUGUGACCGUGACCGUGACCGUUAACCUGCUUGGAACGGUGACUGUUAAAUAAAGCUUUGUUUUGCCAAAGUCCGCUGGAGUUCUUUUAAUUGGCAGCAGUGUAGAGUAGUGGUUAGGGCUCUGGACUCUUGACCGGAGGGUUGUGGGUUCAAUCCCAAGUGGGGGACACUGCUGCUGUACCCUGGAGCAAGGUACUUUACCUAGAUUGCUCCAGUAAAAACCCAACUGUAUAAAUGGGUAAUUGUAUGUAAAAAUAAUGUGAUAUCUGUAUAAUGUUAAAUAAUGUAUAAUGUGAUAUGUUGUAACAAUUAUUAUAAAAACAUGAUUAUUGUUCUAUAGAAUGUAUUUUUAAACUACAUGUGAAUGUUUUAUUCCAUUUAUAUAAAAAUAAGAUUUUCAAUCAAAUAUAAACAACUAGCUAUGGUGAUGUCACCAGUAAAUUAUGCAAAUUAGUAUCAUUGUAUGUUCGAACCUUCCUUCGGUAAUGUGUUUGGAACCCUCGAAGGUCAAAACGUACCCUUCGUUGCAGCCCUAAAUAAUAAUAAUAAUAAUAAUAAUAAUAAUAAUAAUAAUAAUAGUCCUAUAUGUACAUGUAUAUAGAACAUUUAUAAAAUGGUAUUUCUGUACAGGGUUUCAUACAAUUUUCUUUGGUAAAAUUCACUGUUUGUUUUAUGCAUAAUGUAGCUGGUACAGCUAAUUACUGGUUAGUUUUCUAAAGUUGGCUAGAUAGGUUAAAUAUUUCUUUAAUACUCUAUAAUUUAAUCAGUAUGUUACAAUCGCUGAUUUAACAAGGGGCAGUUGGAGUUAGGACAUGCUAAAUUGUGACUGUUUGACAAUCUAUGGAAGAGCUGGUUGUAUAUACAGACUUCAUUUUGUAUACUUUAAUAAAGACUGCUGUUUUAAAAUGUUA